CCAACACUCCUCAAAACACUACCGUGGAACAGAGCUUUAUAAAAGAGAAAAGAGGUUAAAAUGAUAAAGUGAUUUAACUCUCUAUUUCCAGCAUAAAAAACCUCUCUAAACCCUUGCAGGCCACCGGCGGUCAAUGGAAUCACCAUUCAGGAUUAGGAGGAGGCCUCCAUGCUUACCUCACCACCACCACCACCACCACCACCGCCACCACCACUUGUGUCACGGCCACCCCCACCAACUCUGCUCUCUACAUAACCACUACCAUCACCACUAUUGUAAUUGCCAUUUCCUCAUAUGCCCUGGACUUGCUCCGGUCCCUCUACAAGUUGCAGAUCCUUACGCUCCUUAUCCAUCGGAAAACGAGUUUAACUUGCAAUCCAAUGCGAAUACAGAAAACUAUAACUCUAUUACUCAGGUUUUGCAAGAGCCGGAGAUCAAUGAUUUAGAGGACGAACAGGAGGAAAACGACGAUCCGGUUUUUGUUUUAACCGAUGAAUGGAGGGAAUUUUUCGCUAAAUCUGAAGCUAAGAGGAAAUUAGAGAAACAGCAGGCUAAGAAAAAAGACAAGGACAAACGCUCGAGAGGAAAAGCGAGGAAUGCUCUUGAUCUUGAACAAUCAAAUGCUCAAACUUCUGACAAUUGAUAGAAAUUUUAGGAUCCUUAGCAUCUGUUGUUUUUACCUUAAUUUCAUGGGAAGAGGCUUUUGCUACCAGAUGUUACAAUAUUCUAUAAUUCAAGUUGAGAAAAUUAUAUUUUUGUCUUUAUAUUUUAACAUAAUUAAUUUUGUCCUAGUAUUUUAAAAA